AACUAGUUAGAGUUGAUCUUUCAACUUGUUAGGCCAAUUAUCCAUUCUAUUAUCAAUAUUUUUCAUUCCUAAAGUGUUUUUCCCUACGUUUUAUUGUAAAAAGUAAAAUUUACUUAUAUUUUUUUUUUGAACAAAAUGUAAGAGUGGGUCGACCCGCCCCGCCCCGUACCCGCGCGGGUUUUACCCGCCCUGACCCGUAAUAUUGUGGGGCGGGGCAUGGGAAUUGAGGUACCCGCCCCGCACCGCCCCAUUGCCAUCACUAAGUAGAGUAGUUUAGUAAAUCAGUCCUUAAUCUAGUUUGCUAGAUGAUGAACUGAAGCUGAGUAAUAGUAACUCUAGAGACCUGUGGAUUCGAUAUUUAUUACUUGUGCCACUAUACUGCAGUCCCUUUCAUUGGUUACACUUGGCCAUUGUUAGGUGUUGUGUUUUAGCGUGUCAGUAUACCUUGUAAUAUUAGUUUGUAUAUUUCAUGAUAUGUACACAUUUGUAUUAUGAUUUGUACAACAUUUAUUAUUUGUUCAUUCACUUUUAUUUUAUGGUAUGUAUAGUUUGUAUACUUUUUUGCCCUGUUUUCUAUACUUUGGGACGAUUUAUUUAUAGUAUUUAUCUUGUUAAAAAUAUAAAUAAGGUAAAAGGAAAAAUAUUGGUAAUAAAAAGAAGCAAUGGGGACUACUUGAAAGUGAUUGGGGAGAGGGAAAAAUAAAAUAAAUAUAUAAAAAUUAUUUUUUCAUAAUACUAUAACUAUCAAUAUAACUAAUUAAGAGGCUCUUUCCAUUUUUGCACCUUUAGAUUUAUGUAUCUAGAUCCUAUCCACCAGAUUCUUUCUCACCAAUUUGGAUAGAGUUUUAUUAACCCUAAAUACUGACAUGUCAAUUUCUCAAGACCAACAUGGAUCAAUCAAAAGUAAGGCCCCGUUUAGUAUUAUUUUGUUGUUGUGUUUGUAUUGAUGUUGUGCAAACACAUGCACAACCACAACAAGAAAAAAAAAUAGAUAAUUCAAACCUGUUUAGUUGGUAAAUAUGAGAAAUUAUAAAAACUCACAACAAAAAACAGAAACGCGUUUAGUUACUUCUCAGUAAAAACUAAAAACCAAAAAUUAGCAUAAUUGACAUCAAUUGAGAAACCUAAUUUCUAGUCAACAAUUGUUAUUAGUAACUAAAUAUAAUCACAAUCCCAGAAAAAUUGGGCCUCGGUUGGCAAGAGCAAGUGGCAUUCUUUGCUGACAAUUCUCUGGGGCUUGAAAAUUCCGCCAAGAGCAGAAGUAAAGGGAAUGGACCAAAUUCUGCAUACCCCGUUCCAGUUCCAGAAAUUAAAGGAAAGAACCAAACUAAAUCCCAUGCUUCAUUCGAUGAUCAAAAGCGAAUUCCCGGGAAAAAAACUGUUUGUAGGAAGUGUGAAGUCCCAAACUUCACGGUUUCACGAAACCUACAGAGAGGCGAGCGGCGAGAUGGUGCGGCUGCGGAACGAGCGGACGACGGGGUCUGAUGCGGCGAAGAGCUUGAAGGAUUAGCGCUGGCGGCGGGUGCGGCGACAAGACAGGGAUGCCGGAGGGAUCGUCGUUCCUCUCGGAGAGGAAGAGGAUGAGCAGCGGCGGGCGAGGUUUUGUGGCUGAAAAAAUAAUGGAACAGUUGAAUGGCGAGUAGGGUUGGGGCCUUGUGGAAGGGUUGAAAAAAAUAAACAGAAUUUCCGUAUGUGAGGGAACUAGAACUGGGGGUUAGUUUAAUAAAAUCAAAGACACAACCAGUAGAAAUCCCGUGUUAAAUAUGUGUACGAAUCAGAUCCAAAGCAAUAAUUUAUUGUUUCUCUGAUUUGGGCCUGGUUGUGUAACUUUGUUUCACAACAAAAAUUAAAAACCUAACUAAACAUGUUUUUUCUCCUCGGUUUUUGCGAUUUUAUAAAACACAACAGAAAACAAAAACAAGCAACAAUACUAAACGGGCCCUAAGGUCUUAAUGCCGCACUUUCAACAUCGUCAUCAUAGUAUUGGCAUUUAAAUAAAUGCAGAGGGGCCUAGAGUAUGAGAUUGCAUAAGCUUGGUUCGAAAGUCACGAAGUAUUGGAAACAAGCUAUAACACUUACUCCUGAAAAUCAUAUUCAAGUGCCGAAUGGCCAAAGAUCACAAGGCGUUUACAUUAUAUAUGAAAACCAUUUUUAGUUUUUUUUCCAUGGAUAGUGAGAUGAAAUAGAUAGUCAAAGUACAUCACUCAACUAAAAAUGACAAUCGACAACUAGUUGAACAUCAAUAAAAGAACUUUUGGAGCCACUAUAGCCUUGUUGUACCUACAAGAAGUAAAUUGUACAAGAGAAAUAGAAAAAGCACACUAUGUCAAGCAAAUUCCACUAGAAUUGCUCCACCCUAUCCAUGGGCCGCUUCCAUUUCCCAAAAGCGAAUAAUAUAGUGUCAUUACGGAGAAACCGACGAAGUCAUUCCACUAUAGCCCAUUUAUUUUACUUGUCUCUCAGCCUUGUAAAUGUAAUAACCCAUAUAUUCGAGAUGACAUCCCUUCAACAGAGGAUUCUAAAUUCUGGAAUCUAUUGUGGAAAACUCAUGUUUAGCCUAAAGUGUGCAUUUUCCUUUGGAAAGCAGGAAGGAAUAUCUAACUGGUUAGUUGCCACAUUGAAAAAUGAAUUGAUGAUGUCUGCCCUUUUUGUGGUCUCCCGGAAUCUCAUAUGCAUGCUUCGCGUGAGUGUGGUUGGACCAAACACAGAUGACAUGCAUGGAAAGGAAAAAGAGAUGUAUGAGAUUGAUGAAGGAAAAUUUGCCUCGACUAGUUCAAGGAUGUUUGGAAGAACUUCACACAAGAGAAAAUCCAGAAAUUUAGUGUUGUGUUGUGGUACUUAUGGAAGGAAAGGUGCAACAACUUGAACAAUAAUCAUAAACUUGUUCAGGAUGAGAUUAUCCCCAUGCCUUGCGUUGGCUCAACUCCUUCCUCAAUUAUCACAGCCCUAGAGCUUGAUCUCGUGAGCAAUGGCAGGUGGUCCUCACCACCGGAGGGAGUAUUUACAUUAAGCUCUGAUGCUGGUGUUUUUCAGCAAACUAGGAUUGGGUUUGGAUGCAUCAUCAGGGAUUGAAAGGGCAACAUUCGCGGUGCCACAUCUAUGAAAGAAAGGGGGGGGGGGGGGUGUAACCACCAAGGGGUGGUGGAGGUUGUAAAGGACAAGUUUAUACUCAGGAGAUCUUGAGUUUGACCCUUGGCAGCCGCUACUUCAGCGUUACCCCCUUGGUGGGCACCGAUAGGACUAUAAGCUCGUAUUCAAUGCUCACAGGGUUUGUCGGGUAUCUAUGGGGACCGCGGUUUGCCAUUGCAAGACGGAUUUCUACUCAAAUAAAAAGAAGAUAGGGGUGUGUGUCGCCCAAUUGAAGCAGAAGCAAAGGAUAUCUUGAUGGGGCUUGAGGAGGCAAAUUGGUGUGAUGACCAAGAGAUUGGAAAGCUUAGAUAUGGAAAUUGGUUAAAGGGGAAAGAGUUCGUACUGAAUUGGGGGGUUUGGUGUGAUGACCAAGAGAUUGGCAUGUAUUAAUUCGAGAUUCUCGCAUGGUUCAGUGACCUAGAGCUUCACUCCGGAUGGAACAACGAUACCGCUCACUGGCUUGCCCACUCUAUUUCUGGUUGGGAUCGACAGGUGAUUGGGUGGAUAAUCCAUCGAUGUCUCUCCUUUUCUUGAGAUCGAUUCAGACCAUUUCCUUUGGAUCCAUCGUAAUUGUUGGAUGAUAGCCUACAGGUUUCGAUAAAAAAAAAAGGAAAAAUACACUUGGAUAACUAUAACUUAACUAUCCACUUAAUAGCCACUUUUUGAAAAAUACGUAAAUGUAGCCACACUUUUAAAAGCUUUUUUUAUUACUAAUUUAGCUGUUUCCGUCAAAUACUUUAACAUCAUCAUUGACUCCUUCAGUUAAAUGGACGUUAUGCUAAUAUGGCUGCCACCUGGAGGACAAUGUUCACCUAGACUCUCCAUGGCACGUAAUCGGCACAUCACAUUUUCAAUUUUAAAAAAUUCAUCCCCUUACAGCCUUUUGGAGCUCAGUCACCACCUCAAUCGCUAUGGCGGUGCCUAAAAUUCAUGUUAGAUCUACAUAGCAGGAGAGAGAUGAUGGAGAAGCAGAGAGAUGGAUCUAUACCGGAUCUUAUUUUGGGGGUUCUAAGUACAGGUGUCAAUCGGGCGGGUUCGGCGGGUUCGGGUUGGGUUCAAUCGGGUUGUGGGUUAGUUAGGUUGCGGGUUCAUCGGGUUGCGAGUUCGUCGGGUCGGGUUCAAUCGGGUUCGGGUUCAUCGGGUUUCGGACCGGGCGGGUUGCGGGUUGUUCGGGUCAACGCAUCGAGUUACUUACUCGUUACCAACUUACACAUUUUAUUACACUAAUUUAAAAUAUAUUUCACGAUUUUUAAUCAAUUUCUUUCUAGCUUGUAAAUAUACUUAAUUAAGAAAAACUAGUCAAAAUCACCACAAUCGAAAUUUGAAAUCUCUCCUUCCCACCACAACUAAAAUUGGGCCGCCCAAAAUUUCAUCAUCACCCGCCCACUACAAUUACACCAAAAACACAAAACCCUUCCCUCUGCUUGCAAAAAAUUGGGCGCCCAAAAUUUCAUCACACCCGUCCAAAACCAAAAUUUCAUCACACCCGCCCAAAAUUACUUCUUAGUUCUUACCCUGUCAUCUUCUCCAAUAAUAAAGUUUAUUAUUAUAGACAAAAGGUCUUAGUUAUUAUUUAUUAUAAAUAUUAGCAUUGUGCUGAUUUUAUAUUUACUUUUUUUGUAAUUUGGUUAAAGAAAUUCAUGUCAUAAUUUUUGUAAUUAAAAACCAUAAUUUUAAGUGAAUUUCAGAUUUUGAACUUUCUUAACUAAAUGUGAAUGAUUUUAUUUAGGUUGAGAAUGAAAAACUUUAUUUGAAAACAAUAUAUUUAUUUUAACCAAUUUAUUUCUACCACGUAUAUACAUACUUAAUAUUUUGAAAAAAACGAGUCAAAAUAUUAAAUCAAUUUGUAUGACUUGCAAACUUGUUAUGUAAUUAAUCGUAAUUGGUAAAGUACACUAGCUAAUAGUAAUGGUGAUAUCAAUAUUUACAACCAAAAGAUACCAUUAAUUAUUUAUUUGAUAUUUUAAUAUUGUUUCUGUAGUGUAAUUGGAUUAAAGUAUCUCAUUUAGUAUAACCAUGCAAAUGUGGUAUUUGGCGUGUGGUAUUAGGCAAAAGCAGAGUGAUAAAAGGAGUUAUUUCGAAAUAACUCAUUGCCAAAUAACUUCAGAAAAUUGUUGCAAAACGAGUUAUUUGUAAAAUUGUUCGAAUUAUCCUGAAAAUUGAACCAUUAAAGAUUAACUAUCAAAUCUAGUAAAAUUAUUGGGACUUC